UAGACAAAAAUUACAUAUAACAAACCACAUAAAUCAGAUCUAAGCAGGCCUGCACCAAAAAUUUGAAUAUGUUUAAAUUAAAAAAAUGUAUAAAAGUGACAAAGACUAUCUGAAAAUGGGGUGAUUUCAGAUUUAACACCACAUUUUUAAGAUUAAGAAAAAAAAGGAGCUUUAUAGGUACAAUAUGUUGCAACCUUUGUUACAAUGUAGUGCAGUUAAAUCAAGCACAUAAAAAGGUGUAAAAAAAUCUAUUUUUUUGCAGAAAUUACACAGAUAGAGUAAAUUUCAUAAUUAUAAAAGAUGCAGUUUAGUUAGACUAAGAUAUAAGUAACAUUUAUCAUCUCUCAUUACUGCACUGAGGCUCAAAAAACCUUUGAAAGUGAGAUAAGUGUCUGCAUGGAUGUGCUGAUUCAGCCCCAGAUACUCAAUACCUGUGAUGUCUGCAGAAUUGAAAAUAACAACCCAAAACAUUUCCUGUGCUCAGGAGUCAAGUUUUGGCAGCACUUAUUGCACUGGCGUGACCUUGGCACAUGACUCUGACCUCUGGCAACUGAGCGUGGAACAGCGGAGAUCCACACGUGGUGCUUCACACACUUCCUACCGCCCUUCACGAACCCCCCCUCCCCCUCAGCCGUACCUCUUUAACUGCAUUUCAGCAGCUUUGGCAAAGACAGCAGCUUUCAUAUCCUGUGUUUGAGUGUUUUUGCAAUGCCAGCAGAAACAAGAGAAGUUAUUUGACACUGGUGUAUAUACUCCAUUUAUAAGCGCAUUAUUGCAUCAAAUAUUUGAUCAACAGACUAAGGAAUCUGUCGGCGAUCACACGGUCUGCUCUGAAGGGCUCUUCAAAUUACGUUAAAUAAAACUACACACUUUAUGAGAUUUAUAGCUGUGGCAGUCUCUGCCUCGUUUGAACGGUGAUGUUGCAGAGUGGUGCUGAGCCUUCUCUUUUUUGCAUUGUUUUUAUUUUUCUGACAGUGAAAUCCCUGAUCUGUCACUGCGACCGAUAAUGAAUCGACGAGCUGCACCGAGUACCUCAUUCAGCCCCACUAAGAUCCCAAAUGCAGCAACUACACCGGGCAAAAACCAAACUGGAAGCCACGGUGCCAAUAAGUUCAUGAAUGAGCUACGGAGCAUCCACAAACCAUCCUGGGCUACAGCCGCCCUUUGCAUCGUCAGUUUGUGCAUGGUGCUGUCAUGUGUUCUUUGCAUCUGGAAAAAAUGCUUGAUAAAGAAGGACAAGGACAAAGAAAAGGACAAGAAGAAAGGAAAAGAGACAAUCAAGGGAGGUUUUGACACUGAAAUGGAUGGGGGUCACAAUGAGCCCACAAAAGAUGAAACAGUCAAAGAAACGGAGCUUUCGAAACAUGAGCCCAAGGAGGACGAGAAGCUCGGCCGACUUCAUUUCACAUUAGACUAUAACUUCACUGAAAAUUCGCUAGUGGUCGGCCUCUUGGAGGCUUCAGAGCUUCCAGCAAUGGAUGUGGGAGGCAGCUCUGACCCUUAUGUUAAACUCUACCUGCUCCCAGACAAGAAGAAAAAGUUUGAAACUAAGGUCCACAGGAAGACGCUAGAACCAAACUUCAACGAAACCUUCACAUUUAAGGUACCGUAUACGGACUUGGGCGGAAAAACCCUUGUGAUGACUGUGUAUGACUUCGACCGGUUCUCAAAGCACGACGCAAUUGGGGCAAUAAAGAUACCAAUGAGCAGUAUAGACUUCAGCCAGUCUCUGCAGGAGUGGAGAGAUCUGCAGAAGGCUGAGAAGGAAGAGAGCGAGCGGCUUGGAGACAUAUGUUUGUCCUUGAGGUUUGUACCAACUGCAGGGAAACUGACUGUGGUUGUCCUCGAGGCCAAGAACCUGAAAAAAAUGGAUGUGGGUGGAUUAUCAGACCCAUAUGUGAAGAUCCACUUAAUGCAGAAUGGCAAACGACUGAAGAAAAAGAAAACUACUAUAAAGAAAAACACUUUGAACCCUUAUUACAAUGAGUCAUUCAGCUUUGAAGUGCCAUCCGAACAAUUAGAGAAGGUGCAAAUAGCAGUGACUGUGCUGGACUAUGAUAAGAUUGGGAAGAACGAUGCCAUUGGGAAAUUGCUUCUGGGCGGUAACAGCACUGGGACUGAACUGCGCCACUGGUCAGACAUGCUGGCCAACCCACGACGCCCAAUAGCCCAGUGGCACAGCCUUAAAUCAGAGGAUGAAGUCAACUCAUUACUUUCCAACAAGAAAUAAACCAGAGUGCAGGAAAAUCGACUAUUUAUUUUAGGCUUAUUUACCAUCCUUCCUUUUAUUUAUCUUCCCAACUAUAUUAACCAUGUAAAUAUUUUUGAUUAAACAUUUAUGUUAAA